CUGAGCUACCGCAAACAAUGUUGCAACAUCGAGUACCACACCCUGGUAAUGCUGCUGCCUAAGGACAGCUGGCAGAGGCUGUGCUCACUAAGCGAAGAACACCAUUGAGGAACUUCUACAUAUAUUGUGGCCUUCAGUUUUCACCCUAGAUACCGGCAUCAUCACAAUCGCAUAUUCUACACUAUGACAGCUUCCCAGCUCCCCACCUGCCAUCUUCUACGCAUCCCUCGGGAACUUCGCGACGUGAUCUAUAAUUAUUGCCUUACGAGUGACGAGGGAUACCAUUACCACGCCGAGACGAAUACACUACGAUACCCCGAUGGCACAGAUAUCAAUCUCGGACUUAUACGAACUUGCAAGCAAGUUGCGGCGGAGGUAGCGGAACUUGCUCUGAGUCAAAAAGUUAUCACAUUCAGAACGCAGAUAGCACGUGUUGCAGGCGUAGAGGGAGCAUUUGGAUCCUCCUUGACGUCUAUGACAUGCUAUUUCAGCACCUUGUUCUAUUAUCUCAACCUUUCAAUGCAAGAUGCCGCUCUUAUUGCACUUGAUCUAUAUGCUACUGAGGACAUGGCAGAUUAUAUUCACAGACAGUACCCUCAGAGUGGCAUUGGUGCUCAGAUCAAAUUACUGGCACAAAUGAAGGGACAAGACCGCUAUUUGCGAAACAUCCAAGUAGUAAAAAACUCUGCACUGUCAAUGACCCAUAUGGAUCGCCAAGCUCUACAGGAAGCACUACAGUAUGCCCGUCCUCAUUUUGGUAUUCCAAUAUGGCUUCUAUCAUUGGAGUCUUUCCACUGGCCCCUCAAUAUGUGGAGUCACAUCAAUCGUAUGACAACCGACGGAGCCCCCAGCUCACAAGAUGAGCGCAAAACCACGCUUGAAAUCGCAUGUUCGAAAAUCUCGUCCGCAGUAUGGCUGCCUUGGAAAACACCUACAACUGCGCAGAUCAACGAAAUGAGAGAGCUGUUGGCGGUUCUGAAAUUGAAUAGAGAGGUUUCGUGGAUCCCUGAAGAAGCACCUCCUGGCGAGGGUAAAAAGCUCAGAUAUUAUGGAUCGGCCGCCUCGCAGAGCAUUCACUUCCUCGAAACGCUGCAACAGGGACAGCGGUCUCGGUUGCGUCAUUUGAUCAUACGCGAAGAUCGCAGAAGCUGCGCAUUGCCACGAUGUCAUGCGCACGGCCUCAUUCCGUACCUGCAAGAGCUCCCCCGGUUACGUAUUGACCACCAUGUUGACAUGUGGAGUGCUAUCUUUCUCGACCCCGAUGUCAUAAUGAACUGGGUCAAUGCUUCUCGAUUACCUUCUCAGGCAAGAAGACCGAUUUGCUGGCUACCUGAGGCUGCGUACAAAACCAUUCACUGGAUCAACGAGGCUAUGAACUUGCGACAUGCCGGCAUGCCAUUAUCUGCGUAUUGCCUCCAUCUUGAAGCAAAUACCGCCACCGCCCAGAGGGUUUGGAAUGCUGUCAAAUUGCUUGCGGCACUUGCUUCUGCUAACCAACGUCGCUACUACAAGAAUGAGGAUCAUGCCCCCCUCUUUACUGAAAUAACUCCCAAUAAUCCCGAGUUCGCCUACAAAGCACGUCAAGAGCGGCGCCUUGUUACUUCCAUACGGCUCAUUCUUUCUGGAGAUCCUACAGUGCGGCUAUCAUGCCCUAUAGGCACUCUGGGAGAAUUUGAAGAGGAUGCUCAACGUAUAGGAAAUGAGUUGAGGGAUGAACCGAGAUACGCUUGGAAAAACUAUGCUAGGAGGAAGCUCGUUACAGGCGAGCUUGAUGCCAAGGACUACGAUUUCACGGCUCUAGAAGAGUUGUAUCAUGAUCCCUUCUUGGAGUGAGAUCGAUAGUCUUGAAACACCCAAUCUGCGGGAUAAGCUGGCUAAACAUGUAGUUGAAGGGCUUCGCUACCGAAUACUGCACCCGAAUUUCAAACCCAGGGACCCCAAGAUCGGCCCUACCGAGUUUGUUU